AUGUCCAUGCAUUCCCACAUUGAGAGAAUUCUGUGGAGCGAGGGCCAAAUUUCUCGCCGAGUCUCCGAGCUCGCCGCCAAAGUUUCCGCCGACUUUGCAGGUUCUUCACCAGCCCCCAUAGUCGUCGGUGUGGCCACUGGUGCCUUCCUCUUCGUGGCAGAUCUUGUUCGCAAGAUCGAUUUCUCCAUACCCGUUGAUUUCAUUCGAGCUGAAUCCUACGGCUCCAGAACUGAGUCGAAUGGCGCACCAAUCAUUUCCUUCGAUUUGAAGGUCGACAUCAACGCUCGUCACGUCAUCUUGGUUGAAGACAUUGUAGAUACUGGUCAUACCUUGUCUAGAGUCAUUAAGCACUUGAAAUCAAAAGGAGCAUCCUCUGUUUCUGUGUGCACUUUCCUUGAUAAACCUUCAAGGAGAAAGGUGGAUGUUCAGUUGGUGGGUGAAGGAAAAUUCUACCGUGGAUUUGAGUGCCCAGACUACUUUGUUGUAGGUUAUGGAAUGGAUUUUGCCGAACAUUACAGAAAUUUGCCUUAUAUUGGUAUUUUGAAGCCUGAACAUUACAAGUAA